CACUUACAGAAGAUGACCAGAGGGUGGCGCUGAUGCUCCGCUCUGUGACCUCUUCAGCCGUCGAGGAACACGACGAACAAGAGGAAGCGUCUCCAAUCUUCCACUUGCUGUGGAAUGGGCCGAUAAACAUCUCAUUAAGGCGAGAAAUAUCAACAUUUAUGAGGUGAUGUUCAGCAGACGUGAUCGCCAUGGAAACAGACAAGAUACCUAAGUUCUCCUCGAAAGAUGAGGAAAUCAACUUUUGGAAAGCUCUCUACGUCAAGUACAAGGCAAACUACCAGGAGGCUCACGAGGAGCUGCUGGAGUUCCAGGAGGGCAGCAGGGAGCUGGAGGCCGAGCUGGAAGCGCAGCUGGGCCAGGCCGAGCAUCGCCUGAAGGACCUGCAGUCUGACAACGUCAGGCUGAAGAGCGACGUGGAAACGCUCAAGGAGAGAUUGGAGCAGCAGUAUUCUCAGAGCUACAAGCAGAUCUCUGUGCUGGAGGACGACCUGGUGCAGACGCGCAGCAUCAAGGAGCAGCUCCACAAAUACGUCCGAGAACUGGAACAGUCCAAUGACGACCUGGAGCGAGCGAAGAGAGCGACCAUCGUGUCUCUGGAGAACUUCGAGCAGCGUCUGAACCAGGCCAUCGAGAGGAACGCCUUCCUGGAGAGCGAGCUGGACGAGAAGGAGUCGCUCCUCGAGUCCGUUCAGCGGCUCAAAGAUGAAGCCAGAGAUUUGCGUCAGGAGCUGGCCGUUCGCGAGCGUCAGGCGGACGUGAGCCGGACGUCGGACCCCGGCUCGCCCACGCGCGACGACGUCAAGAUGGACUCGCUGCCGAUCGCCGCGCCCCCCACGCCUCUGGGCAAAGGACUUUCCACGAGCUACGCCGGCAACUCCCCGCUGACUCCCUCAGCGCGGAUAUCAGCGCUCAACAUUGUCAGCGACCUGCUGAGGAAAGUAGGGGUUUUGGAGGCCAAGUUGGCAGCGUGCAGGAACCUGGCCAAAGAGCAGCAGGCCAAGAAGACUUACGCCCUGGACAACAGCAACAUCCUCAAUGCCAACGGCAGCGCUUACUCGCAGUCGCUCCACAUCACCUAUUUGGACAAGGCCAGAGGCGCCGGCAGCCUGGAUCCAGGGACCCUCCCGACCAUCACGGUCCCUCCCGGAGCCCCCUCGGCCGGCUUGGUGCCCCUCACCGUCUGAGCGCCGUCACCUCCGCGGACCUUCCCCCCCGAAAGUGUGGCAGUGACCUCACAAGGCAGGAAAGUGAUCUGCGUCCACUUUUCAUCACUCAUCACUGAGCAAUAGGGACUCAAAUGAAGCAUUCACGUGCACGCUCUUGUUUCCUUAAGAAUUGCCUCUGCGUUAUUUAUUGAUGUUUGUAAAUGUUUGAAAACGUCCCGAAUGGAAAGAAGGUUUGUCUUUUUUUUUUUUUUUUUUUUUUUUUGCAUUUCGUUUGCUUUCUGUCGCGCUUGCGACCAAAGACGGAAGAGGGCUAUUCCAAAUGUCUCGCACUUUUGGUCAUAUUGAUCGUUUACAUUCCAGUUACAGGUGGCAAGGAAUUUUAUUGAAAUCACUCAACAACAAAACUGGUUAUGACUAUGGUGGACUUCACAUGGGGAAAAAAAAAAUGAAUGUGUCAUAAACUAAUCAAAAUUACAAAUAGUCAUUAUCAUUCAUUGAUUUUCCGAGCCGCUUAUCCUCACGGGUUGCCGCGGGAGUGCUGGAGCUUAUCCCGGCUGUCACCGGGCAGUAGCGAGGUACACCCUGCUUGAAAAGUAGAUCUUGGGGUUAAAAAAAAAAAAGUCUGGGCACCCCUGUGCUAACCAGCUGCAAAUUCAUUUAAUAUAAAAACUGCAUUUAAAAAAAAAAAGUAAAAACUUUUAUUAUAUGCAUUAAAGCAUUUCAUAAUAAUGUAUAAUACCAGACUAAUACUUCAUGAAAUCUUGAGUAAAUAUUUCACAAAUCAAAUUAGAAUUAAUUUAUAUUGAUUUACAUUUAUCGUAAUAAAAGGUUUACGGAAAUAUUUAACUUUCUCACAGUACACAAUUUAUUAAAUUUCCUUUAAUAAAAAAAAAAUAAUUUACUAUCCUAUAAAUUGUAUACUCAGUUUUCAUAAUUUGUAUUUGUCUAAUUAAUAAUGACAUUCUAAAAUAUGAACACAUUUCACAAUUAUAGGAAGAUUAGAGAAGUGUGUUUUUGUACAGAAAGUUAUUUGGUAUUUGUAUUAAUUUAUGACACAUUUAUGUAUCCAAAUCCACCUUGAAUGAAACAAGUUUUGUUUUUUUGUUAUUUUAAUUAUUUUGGACCUCCUUCCAUGACAGGCAAACCAAGCACUUCAAUUCAUUUUUUAUUUAUUCAUGCGUAGCGUCACCUGUGUUUGGUGAUGUUUGCAUAUGUAAUUUAUUUAAAUUAAAAAAAAAAAAACC